CAAAAUUUUCAAUCUUCAAAUGAAAAUAGUGGAUCAUCUCUCUCUCCGAAAUCCCGCGCUUCUCUCGUUCUCGCUGUGGCUCUUCACAAUCGUAGCACCGACUUUUCUUCUCUGCGAUCCAAAUCUAAGCCAUUACAACUUCAACACUCACUCGUUCUUUUAGUGGGCCACUUGUUUGAAAUUAUUUUGGGAUUUGAGGUUGUUGAAUUCUGGUGUUUGAGAUGCAAUCGGGAGAUGGGGGUAGUAGUACCCCUAAGACGGAAUUGGAAGGUGAGGCUUUGAACACAAAGAUGAAGAAGAGUGGAAAUCUAAGCGGCAAAGAUAUGAUCUUCAGAGCUGAUAAAAUUGAUUUGAAAGCUUUGGAUGCUGAGCUCGAAAGGCACAUGAGCAGGGCUUAUUCCAGAAGUGCCGAGGCAAGGAGGCCUAGAGAAGAGUGGGAGGUUGAUUUGGCCAAAUUGGAUUUACGAUAUGUUGUUGCGAAUGGAGCUUAUGGCACUGUCUACAAGGGAACUUAUGACAACCAAGCUGUUGCAGUGAAAGUGUUAGACUGGGGCGAGGAUGGUGUUGCCAGUGUGAAUGAAAUUGCUGCUUUACGAGCAGCAUUCCGGCAGGAGGUCACUGUUUGGCAAAAACUUAAUCAUUCAAAUGUCACAAAAUUUGUUGGAGCUUCUAUGGGCACUUCAAAUCUUAAGAUUCCUUCAGACGCUGGUGGUCAAAAUCCCCUUCCUUCCAAGGCGUGUUGCGUUAUUGUUGAGUUUGUUCAUGGUGGGACAUUAAAACAAUUCUUGAUGAAAAAUAGGCGGAAGAAACUUCCAUUUAAGAUUGUGGUUCAGUUGGCUUUGGAUCUCGCUAGAGGUCUUAGUUAUCUACAUUCGAAGAAAAUUGUUCACCGUGAUGUAAAAACUGAUAAUAUGUUGUUGGAUGAAAAUCAAAAAUUGAAAAUAGCUGAUUUCGGAGUUGCUCGGGUUGAAGCGGUAAAUCCAAGUGAAAUGACGGGUGAAACUGGAACCGUUGGAUACAUGGCGCCGGAGGUUAUAAAUGGUAAGCCAUACAACAGAAGCUGCGAUGUCUACAGCUUUGGCAUUUGCUUGUGGGAAAUUUAUUGCUGUGACAUGCCUUAUCAAAACCUGAGCUUUGCUGACGCGUCGUCUGCCGUUGCUAAUAAGAAUUUACGACCAGAUAUUCCUCGAUGUUGUCCAAGUGAGUUAGCAACUAUAAUGAAAACAUGCUGGGAUAAACAUCCAGAAAAGCGUCCACAAAUGCAAGAGGUGGUGAGAAUGCUGGAAGCACUUGACACAAGCAAAGGAGGUGGAAUGGUACCAUAUGAUCAGAGACCAUCUUGUUUUUGCUUUAGACGUUUUCGUGGUCCAUAAUUAUUCAUACUCGAUUUUUGAUGAGUAUUAUUAUGUACAUUACUAGUAGUUACUGUCGACUAUGUAAACCUGGGAGAUAUGUUGCAGCUUUCAACUGUCAUUUGCUGGCUUGUCAAUUUACUGCUGAAUUAUAUACUUUUUAAUAAAAAUGAAUCGGAUAUUGAACUAGUA